GUGUUAUAAAAGGGUCCACCGAGGUAAAAUGCAGCCGUCGGUUCUAAUUAGAAUUAGGGUUUCUACUUUCUUCAUCGACAGCCAAUCGCCCUUGUAAAGAUGUCGAUCGCUUGCAGCCUCGCUUCUCUCAUACUUUAUGACGAUGGGAUACCGAUCACGGCGGAGAAGAUCUCUACGCUGGUGAAGGCUGCGAAAAUCUCAGUCGAAUCUUACUGGGCAACCCUUUUCGCGAAGCUUCUUGAAAAGAGGAGCGUUGAGGAUCUCAUCCUUAGCGUCGGAUCAGGUGGAGGUGGAGCUGCUGUGGCUGUAGCGACUCCAGCAGCUGGUGGCGGCGGUGGUGCUGCAGUAGAAACCCCUGCGGCUGAGGAGAAAAAGGAAGAGCCAAAGGAGGAGAGCGACGAUGAUAUGGGUUUCAGUCUUUUUGACUAGAAAUCUACUUUUCUUGUUUGCCUUGUUGGGUAAAAACACUUAAUUGGUGUAAUUCUCUCUGCUUUUAUUUAUUUAGGAUUUUAUUCUGUCUGGUAUUUUGUGUCUCAGAUACACUGCUUGAUUUUCCCUUAAAGAAACUUCUUUUUUGCGUGGUUAAAUCACAAGUGAAGUUGAUUUUCCAAGUGAAUUGAUGUAACUUUGUUUUUUACAUUAUGAGGUCAUGAUUUAUGUUCAUCAUCUCUA